UUCUUUGUAAAUAAAAUGAAUUUCGAUAUUUUUAUUUUAAUACUGUAUCUUUUUUUCGCAAAUGGCCCCCAUCGGUACUAUCAAGUCUUAUCCUGAAAACCCUCGCGUUGCUAGAGCUCAAAUUACUGCUGAAUACAGUGGUGUUGAAUUCAAUGAUGUUUCUCCUGAAUUCUUAGCCAAAUUCCCUAUGGGUAAGGUUCCUGCUAUGGAAUCCGCUGAAGUUAACCUCUUUGAAUCUUCUGCCAUUGCCUACUAUGCUGCUGCUCAAAAAGAAAACAACCCUCUUCUCGGUAGCAACGCCAUUGAAAAAGCCGAAGUCCUUCAAUGGGUCCUCUUUGCUGAUAAUGAGAUCAACAACAACGUUGGUGCUUGGAUCUAUCCUCUCUUGGGUUACUUCCCCUAUAUUAAGCCCAAUGUUGAUGCUGCUACUGAAAGAGUUAAGAGAGCCUUAGCUGCCCUUAACAAGACUCUUCAAACCAAGACAUACCUUGUUGGUGAAGCUGUUACUUUCGCUGAUAUCACUCUUGUUACUUCUUUGGUCUUGGCCUUCAAGACUGUCCUUGACAAGUCUCUCCGUAACGAAUAUAAGAACGUCACUCGUUACUUCACUACUGUUGCUUCUAAGGAUAUCUUCAAGAAGUACCUUGGUGAACUUCAACUUUGUGAAACUCCUUUGAAGUACACUCCUCCUAAGAAGGAGAAGAAGCCUGCUGCUCCUAAGGAAGCUGCUCCCAAGAAGGAAGCUGCUGCCCCUAAGGAAGAUGCUGAAGAGGCUAAGCCUGCUCCUAAGCCCAAGUCCAAGUUGGACUUGUUGCCUCCCUCUCCUUUCAUCUUGGAUGCUUGGAAGCGUGAAUACUCCAACAAUGAUACUAAGGAUGCCAUCAAGUGGUUCUGGGAACACUUUGAUCCGAGGGUUAUUCCAUCUGGAAGGUCGACUACAAAAGUUCCUUUCGAAAUCUAUGAUGCUGCUGAUUAUGAAUCUUACAACUUCCAAAAGAUUGAACCUUCUCAAUAUGAAGAAAAGAAGGAAGAAAUCUACAAGUACUUUGCUUGGGACUUUGAAGACUGUGUUGACGGUAAGGUCUUCAAAUAAACACGAUGCAUUUUUUGAAAAUAAAAUAAAAAUUUAAUAAUAAAAACAACCAAUAAUUCAAGCUGUAA